AUGUCGAAUCUCUAUCUUUGUCCCGAUGAUUUUUGGCGUUGUCCAAUUGAUCUCAAUCAUCAAGUACUUGCUAAACGAUUUCAAUAUCAUAUUCGACGAUGUAUGAUUGCCAAUCCUCAUAUUCGUCGUGUUCGAUGUGUUUUUAAUGCUAAUCAUUUAACAACACCGAAUGAUUUACUUGCUCAUAUGUCAACAUGUCCUGAUGCAAUUAAUAGAAGUACUGUACUUAUUGGUCUUUCCGAUAUUCCACCAGGUCGACCUUGGGUUGAUACUUGCCGUCGAUCAUCUUCUCCAAAUGAUUGGCAAAUGUUUCAUGAUGUGAAUGCUACCGAAGAUUGGGAUGAUGAUAUUCGUGAACGACGUGCAAGAAGGGCUGCAAGCAGUGAACAAAUGAUGAUUUCAUCUUCAAUUCAAAUACUACCAUCAUCUUCACCAUCAUUGACCAGUCAACGUUUACAUGAGAAACAACAGAAAGAUGUUGAAGAUGUAAAUCAAAAAACAACAGUAGAUAGUUAUACACCUGUAACUGUUAUCAAACAAGCACAUGUUUUUAAAGAACAUGAUAAUGAUGGUUUAAUUCAUCCAGUCGAAACUGAUGAACUUACCAAAAAUUUAAUGAAAAUUCGAACAUUACAACUUAUUGGCGGUGCUGGUCGUGGUACCUGUUGUUUAUUGCGUACAGUUUCACCAGUACUGGGUUAUUCGCCAAGCAAAUCACCAUGA